GUUGAUGCUGUCACUGAAGUGACAUCUUCAAGUAGCCAAACGACAGCAACCAUAACCCCUGUUAUGGACAACUCAGACGGUAGGCCAGUUUCAACGGAUCAAACUCACAAAUCAACAGCCAACGGUAGUGAACUCAGUCCAAAAUUUACCGGACUGCGUGCAGCACACUAUGUUGCUUGGACAGCCGAGUUCAUUCACGGCUCCCAUGGCAUAUGGGACUGGAUUACUGCCAACGGCGGAUGGGAUGGUCUGAUAAAGUUUGAAUCAGAGCGGGGAAUAUACGAUUCUACAGCAGGAGGUGACCGAAUUCUUGUUGGCUUCACCGAGGACGACGCGAUGCGAUUGCUACGUCGAGCAGUGACCGGAGUGGCAACGUUGGCCGUGGGUGCUGUCGGUCUGGUGGCUGCUCUACGUUACUUCUCGAAACGCAUGUAG